AUGACACUGCAAUAUCACAGCUCUCACUUUCAAGCCAACUUUGACCAGCAUGGAGAUAUCCGCACUUCGCGUAUCCCGGUUGACCCGUCGGUUAUUAUAUGGGCUAAAGAUCGUCCCUGGUUCCCGGAAUACAAAGGGUUCUACAUCUUGCGCAAGAACUGGAACUACGCGACGUAUCUGGGGGUCCUUAGCGAGGCCAAAUUUUGA